CAAUUGUUAACCUUCCAAAUUUUACAUGAAAUAAUACGUUAAAGGGAACAAUAAUAGUCAGGUGCAAUUUCAGUUAGCUUCCUCGUUACCUUGGCAACCAAAGUUUGCAACCCCUACGAUAAACAUUGAAAAUAGUUCCUCCCAUUUAUGUUAAAAGGAAUAAUUCAAUGGAUUUACUUCACUAAUCCAGAUAUGAAUUCAGUGCAUCAUAAAUUAUGCAAAACAUCAGUGCACUUUGAGUAUCCCAUCUGUAUGUUAGCGUCCCCGUAACCAUGGCAACCGCGCUGUUUCUCACCAGGUCCAACUGCCACAGUUGAGUUGACGCCAAGUGAACGUUCGGACAGCUAUAUCACUCCUUAGCAUAGACCUUGAUCCUAAGACACAAAUAGCAAUUGGUUCGAUGAAUGAAAGGAAGACAGUAGUUGUUCUUUUAAUGGUUAAAGAAAGAAAACGCGGUUAAAUCUAGUGAUUAGGAGAUGAGUCACUCGAAGGUACGAACGAGACGGGAAGUGAAUGAUAAUCAGUUACCGAAUGGGUUUCCUGGUGCCUCCGUAGUAUGAAAACCACGCCAUUAGUCAGAGAUCAGCCAAGAUCUCCCAAGACCAGCAAUUUUUUUUAAAGUACAAGUGAAAUCAUGUCAGACAUUGCUGGAGAAGGAGGGGGAAGGGCUACAACAACCCCUGCCCACGAUGCUCCUUCUCAGCAAACACCGGGACUAGUCCUACCUAAUCAACCCUCCUCCCCAACCGUCAGAACUUCACCCUCAACAAUUUCCGCUUUCGGGGCAUCAUCUCCUUCAGGCAGGGAAAAGCGCAUAUCCUCGACGGCCUCAUCCGUCGCUUCUGGCUCGUCUUUGGCUUCCCUCCUCACGAAACUUCACCAUCCACAGUCAGCGAGUCUUUCCCUGGAAGGAAAACUCAAGAUAAGGGCCACCGUAGACUGUGGUAGUGAUGUCCUCUCCUGUAAAUUCUCGCCAGAUGGCAGUGUUGUCGCAGCUUCCCUCAGAUCAGGUCAGGUCAAGUUCUUCACACUUACCGGGAUAUUCUCCUACUUGCUACAGCUUCCAGAAGAUUCUUCAGCAGACACGAGUGUAUUUCCUGUACUUUCGUCGCCUCCUGCCACUUCCAUAUUUUGGCUGCCUGGAGGUCAGCCUGACGCAGUCUUGGUAACAUACUCAGACGGGCGAGUGGCGUCCUGGCAAGGGAGAAAACUGGGGGCGCAGUGCACUGACGGGGGCGUGGACGUGCGAGGGGCGGUCAUUUCCGGGAUGGACGGUCAAGUCGUGACCUUUAACAGGAAGGAGGUCGCUGUCAGAGACAUCAAGACCUUGAAAGCGGUUACUCACAUGGACCAAGGCGUGGGUGGACAACUGAUAGGGCGCGGCGCCUGGUGGGCGGUGAGUGGGCGCGGGCGCGAAUUGGUAGGUGGAGGAAACAAUCUGACCUGGUGGGACGUCCGCUCGGGUUCGGUGACCAGGACCGUGGGCGGGGUCCACAUCAGAGGUCCUGCCUUGUCUUGGCAUCAAAAUUCAAACAGGAUUGUGUCAGGCAGCUGGGGAGGAGGUUCAGACUGCGUUAAAAUUUGGGAAGCAACAACUGCCCGCCUCACUCACGUUUUGCACUCUGAUUCUGCUAAUACUUGCGUCUACAGCACAACCUGGGCUGGGAAGGAAGGCGUAGCCAUUGGAGGGAGCGAUCCCAGCUUACUGCGACUGUCUACGUUAGACAACACGACCAUGGGCGUAAUGAGCGGGAUCCGAGCAAGCGUAUGGACAAUUGACGCAUUUCUCGGGCGAGGACACCAAGGUACAAGACUGGCAGUUGGAUGUGGGCCUACCUUAUACCUCCUCGAUGUCCUCAAAUGACCGCUAUUCGUCGUAUUUGAUGGUUCCAUAGAUCUCAGUUUUGAUACUAUGGACCUCACGGGGCCUUGUCCUCUAAAAGAGGAAUUAUAAAUAAACUCACGUAUAGUAA